AUGGAUCCUUCCCGUCUAAUCCUCAUCACUGUCGGUCUUGUUGCUGUAGGAUUCCUGCAGCUUGUGACCUCUCUAUCAGUCCCACUGGACAUGGCUCCUCAAGCUGUUGAUGACAUGUACGACGGCUGCAGUGAGAAAAUGGAGAAGAAGGUCAAAGAUGUCUAUUUUAAUAAAGAGAAUAAGAAAUUAUUUAAAGUAUCCUGGGGUCAAGCAAAACAUUGUGCAAACAAACCUCACCCAGAGGAUGAGGCUCUCUCCAAAAACAACAUGCAGGCAAUCUGUGCUUAUUCAAACAUUAUUUUUAAGGAAUUCAGUGCAGCAGUCCGUACCAGUAAGAACUUCUACGGCAGCUCCUUCCCAUUCCACUCUUUACAUUUCUGGCUGACUACUGCCAUACAAAUCAUGAAAACCAAACAAGGCUGUCACAUUACUUAUAGAAGAACUGGAAUAGAGUUCACCGGCACAGUUAACAGCAUCAUUCGGUUUGGUAUGUUUGCCUCCAGCUCUAAAAGAAAAGAUCUUACACAAUUUGGUGAUGAGACUUGCUUUGAAAUAGAGACGUGUUCAGGAGCCUAUCUGAAGGAUUAUCCAGUCCGUGGAACUGAUGAGGAGGAGGUGCUCAUCCCUCCCUAUGAAACAUUCAAGAUAACCCAAAUUUAUGAAGGUAAGGGUAAAUUUAAACCUCUGCCUGACUGUAAGAAGGUCUUUAUUUUGAAAAGUCAACGAAACAAUGUGAGUAACCUAAACUGCAAAGUUGCAAACUAAUGAGAGAGCAGAGUUUUCUGCAACUGAUGCAGAACAUGUGCAGCAGACUGUAUGUCUGUAUGGGAUCAAUACAAUAAUAAAAUGUGUGACAUCACAAACAUCUGGAUUUUCUAUCUUUACAUUUUGGUUUUCUUUUCUUUU